AUGUCAACACUGUUGAAAGCAUUAGUUCUUACUCUUCUUGUUAUGUUGAUGACAACUGCAAGGGAAAUGGAGGUACUGAACUUCACACCUUUGAAUGGGAAGGCGAUCAGAAUAAUGUAUUCUCAUCGAGACCCAAGCGUACGCAAAAGUGGCUCUGGAAACAUAUUUAUCAAGCCUUCUUUACCUACUGACUUGUAUGAACAAUCUAAACAAAAACAGAUUCUUGAUAAGGCAAUCGACCAAAAGGCCUUACACGGCACAUUCUCUACAUUUGGCAAUAUUCUCUCCUGUAGGAUUGCGAUAGAUUCAAGUGGCCAAUCAAAGGGGUAUGGUUUUGUUCAAUACGACUCUGAAGAAUCUACACAAAAAGCCAUUGAAAAACUGAAGGACAUGCUUUUAAAUGACAAACAAGUAUACAUGGGACCCUUUUUGCGCAAACAAGAAAGAGAACUAGUUGUCGACAAGACAAAGUUUACUAAUGUCUAUGUCAAAAACCUGUCCGAAUCAACAACAUAUGAUGAUCUAAACAAGACAUUUAGUGAAUUUGGAACUGUGACAAGUGCUGUUGUGAUGAGGGAUGCUGAAGGGAACUCCAAAUGCUUUGGAUUUGUUAAUUUUGAGAAUGCUGAGGAUGCUGGUAAAGCAGUGGAAGGGCUUAAUGGUCAGAAAUUUGAUAACAAAGAAUGGUAUGUUGGAAAAGCACAAAAGAAAUACGAAAGGGAACAGGAAUUGAAGCAAAGAUUUGAACAGAGUAUGAAGGAGGCAGUUGAUAAAUCACAAUCCAUACAACUUUAG